UUUCUCACUACAAGCGGUUGCUGAUGCUGAAGCCGAGCGUCACUUCGGCUCCCACGGCAGACAUGGCGACAUUGACAGUGGUCCAGCCGCUCACUCUGGACAGAGAUGUUGCCAGAGCAAUUGAAUUACUGGAAAAACUACAGGAAUCUGGAGAAGUACCAGUGCACAAGCUACAAUCCCUCAAAAAAGUGCUUCAGAGUGAGUUUUGUACUGCUAUUCGAGAGGUGUAUCAGUAUAUGCACGAAACGAUAAGUGUCAAUGGCUGUCCUGAAUUCCGCGCCAGGGCCACAGCAAAGGCCACAGUUGCAGCUUUUGCAGCUAGUGAAGGCCACUCCCACCCUCGGGUGGUCGAACUGCCAAAGACUGACGAAGGCCUCGGUUUUAACGUGAUGGGAGGAAAGGAGCAAAACUCCCCCAUUUAUAUCUCCCGCAUCAUUCCCGGAGGGGUGGCCGAGAGACACGGAGGCCUCAAAAGGGGAGACCAGCUGCUAUCAGUGAACGGAGUGAGCGUGGAAGGGGAGCACCAUGAGAAAGCGGUGGAACUACUCAAGGCUGCUAAAGACAGCGUCAAGCUGGUGGUACGGUAUACCCCCAAAGUCCUGGAAGAAAUGGAGGCUCGCUUUGAAAAGCUCCGGACUGCCCGGCGUCGGCAGCAACAACAGUUGCUAAUUCAGCAGCAGCAACAGCAGCAGCAGCAGCAACAAACACAGCAAAACCACAUGUCAUAGGUCCUUAAAGAGAAGCUACUUGAUCAAACAUCCGAUAGUCACAAAUUUGAAACCGUGCUUAACAAUCCCAGCACAUAGUAAAAGGAAAAGACAACAUUGAUAAUUAUAGCUGCCAAGAAGCUGUGACCACGUGGUGUAUAAAUUCCUUACCAAGGCGACUUGACACCGUCUUCGGGGCUGAAUCCCCACUGCUCCCACGCUCUUUACACACACAGACCUUCCAUGCGCUGCAGUGGGAAUUCUCAGUGUUUAAAGGGAGUCUUCAGACUGAAAUAGUACAAGAAGAAUAAAGUCCAUGACUUUCAGAUAAAUCACCGGGCCAAGAUUAAGCGAAUCUUUGUUCUAUAGCUUUUCCAGAGAUUAACAAAUCCCUCAUUAGGAUAUAGUUUAAACUGCAUCAGUUCAAGGUUGUCAUCACUUAAAAGAAACCUACUCAUUGCCCCGUACCCUGACCUCUUCCACAUCCAUAUUGCUGAGUUGUCUGAAUUAGAAUUCCAGUUAAUUGCAAAUUCAACCUUUAUUCCCCUUAUGCUAUAUUUAUACUCUAUUCAGGUUCCAGAAGCAAUUGGCUUUAUAUUUUCUGUUUUCAUGAAUUUUGUUAUGCAUUAAUGGAGAGGGAUGAUUUUAGCUCAACUUUUGGUUUGCUAGAGGCAAAGAUAGAAAACUCUAGUACUGUAUAUUUUUUUAAUUUAAGUAUCACUUGUAUCUAUGAUUAUUAAUUCUAACAGAAUAUAACAUGUAUUUAUUCCACAAAAUAUAUAUUAUCAGAAUGUAUUUGUUACAAACUGAGGUCUUUUCUUACCAAAUGUUAUGAAUCUGGUAAGAGAAUACUAGCAAAGGACCUAGCUUCAUGAAUGGAUCCUCCUAUGAUAUUUACAUAUAACCUUGCUCUCAAUAUUUUUUUGUUAAGUUUCAUAUUUUUUGAUUGAUAAACUGGGGAAAUCUGAA